AUGCGUUUGUGUAUUUGUUACACAGCAGCUCUAGUCACUUGUGUCAAAAACUUCCCGGAAAAGAGAGGCAUUGUUAUCGGUCUGUUGAAAGGUUUGAUUGGUCUCAGCGGAACGAUAAUCACACAGCUUGCAUUGGUCUUCUAUGGAGAUCAAUCCGUAAGGCAUAUCCUUCUUUUAAUUGCGUGGUUCCCAGCUGCAAUAGCAUUGGCAUUCUCCUUCACAAUCAGGCCAAUGGAGUUUCAAGGGCAGCCCAAUGAGCUCAGAGUCUUUUUCCAUAUAUUCUAUGUGUCAUUGUCUCUUGCAGUGUUUCUCAUGAUUGUAACACUGUGUGAAAGAUUCUUCACCUUCCCAAGAAUAGGCUAUGUCGGAAGCGGCAUUGUAAUUUUGUUUCUGUUGGCUCUGCCUCUCUUGAUUGCCAUCCGAGAAGAGAGGUUUAUCUUGAGCCUCAAGCAACAGCCUGAUAACCAUCCUUUUGCGAUAAACACGGGUACUACUACAGAGGGAGCAGUAGUACUACCGGAUGCAGGUCAAUCGCAACAGGAUAUCUUGAUGCAAAAACUUGGACUGGCAAAGGGGUUUGUCUCGGAACUCCUACUUAAACAAAAAGGAACUCCUAGGCCUCUUAUGAAUGUUUUUGCUCUGCCUCUGUCCUGCCUCGGAGUCCUUCUCAUAGCAUUUCCAUCCGAAAAUGGCAUCUACAUGGCCACGGUGAUCAUCGGGUUUUCCUACGGCGCACAGAUGACGCUGCUCUGCACAAUCACUUCCGAAAUCUUUGGCCUCAAGUACUACGCCACAUUGCUGAAUUGCACUCAAUUCGCAACCCCGCUUGGCUGGUUCCUUCUCGAUAACAAGCUGACCCAACCCAUGUACCAUUUAGAGGCAAAGAGAUUGAACAUGGUCGUGGAUGGGAACCUUGUUUGCAAAGGAACGACAUGUUUCAGAGGUUCUUUUAUGAUUGUGGCGGCUGUCUUGGUUUUAGGAGCUCUAGCAUCCUAUGUUUUGGCCAGGCGAACAGCAAAGUUUUACAAAGGUGACGUGUAUAAGAAGUUUAAGGACUGA